AUGGAGGUCCUAUUACCGAACCAUACUUUAGGACGACCACAAUUUCCAGUUUUAAGAGUAGCACGCUCCAGUGCGUUAGCUUUCCUUGUAUGGGCCAUUACUACUUUAGUGUGGACCCCACAAAAUUGGUUGUGGAUCUUAAAGGCCACUCCAUUGGAUCUUAACUUACGUUUUCCCCAGUGGCUCAGCGAAAUUUAUUUUCAUUCUACUAUUACACAGUUUCAUCAGUCCUCUAGUCCAUUUAUGUCUAACGGUGUCUACUCUAUUAAGUCCCCAGUUUGUAAGACUUUGGACAAUCUUGAAGUCGACGACCUUACUGACAAUUGGUCCCUCGUGGUCAAUCUGAUUACUGUUACUCCAAAUACCCCUCAAUGGUUUCAAGUUGGCAUCAAAUUGUUAAGUUGGGUUACCAACCAAUGGAACUUUAAUUUUGGCGCUCAUACAUCCGUUGCAUGGAUGUUUCAAUUUUUUUCGGUUCUUGUUGUUGCCAUCACUAUUUUUAAUUUUCUUUUGUUUUUCCUCUUGUUGCCUCUUCGUGCAGGCUCAGCCGUGUUUUCCUGGUUUUUUCCUAAACCCAAAUCCCCACUUUUAGUCAAAGUACAAGGUUUAGAGAAGUUGACUGCUACCAUCAAUCAAAUAGCUAGUCGCAAUAAGGUUCACCAAGCUCCGACUCGGCGCACUACUUGGUUUCAGAUUUUGGCUAGUUUUUUCUUUUCUUGUUUUGCUAGGAUUGGAUAUUGUGUGCUUUGGCCUUUUUCCUUUUUCACAUUUUUUUAUCAUCGUUUUACUCCUACAGUUGAUAAAAAGCACACCACUGUUUUACCAAGUUACCGCUUUUAUGCGUUGGAUUUUUCUAGCCGGAAGAAUCUCAUUGGAAGCCUUAUUCCACAGUUGCGUCUUGGUAGUUUCAAUGGUCCUUUACUUCACAAACAAUUAAUGACCGCUGCGAGUGAGUUUCAUUGGGCUGAUGCAGAUGCUUUUCGUGCUGAACAUCACCAGUUCCGGAAAUUCAAGUCCCAUAGAGAGUUUUUCAGUUGGUUUCUUAAAUGGAAUGUUGAUCCUACAGUUCUACAGACUUAUAUUGUCGACGCUCAUGAUCAUGCCAUGACUUUAGUGAACCCAGCAACUACUUAUUACGAGGUGGUACAAGCUCUUAGACAACUUGACAGUUUACCAUAUCUUCACUUUCGGUUUCAAAAAGUAAUGAGAUAUCUUCUUCAUUCAGGAGUUUUCUCCACUCCCUCCAUCAAGUCACAAUUAUUGGCUCUUUUUAACACUUGUGGCUCAUAUUAUGAUUUUUUUGCCGUCCUUGAUGCUGGCUUAUAUGAGAUUUUACCACCGCUUCCUGACAAGCCACUGGAACGUCCAGCCAAAGUUCGACAUUAUUUGCGAAAUGGGUUACCACGAUCGGUACGCCCUCCUCCAGUUGUCACCACGUUAUCCGCCGCAGUUAGCUCUAAUAAGAGAAGCUAUUUCUCUAAAAUUCUCAUUGGGUCUUACACCACGACAGGGUUUUGGGAUCAGGGUUCCACCUAUUCUUUUGUUUCGGCUGAAUUGGUGAAGGAACUUCAAUUGAAGGUCACGCCUAAACAAGACCGAUUGCAUAUGACAGCUUUUUCAUCAGGCCCUAUUUCAAUUUUUGAUUCAACAGUUCAUUUAGAAUUUACGAUUCCCGGGAUUCCUACCAAAUUCACACACACAUUCCAUGUCCUUUCUUCACAAGUUGCUCCAGUUCUUUUGGGAGAAGAUUUUUGGUUUAAGUAUGGUGUUCUUUGUCAACCUGGGAAACAGUUUAAGCUUGGACGUUUUGACAUCCCCAUCGUGACUCCAGAUUUACAAUUUUUCUAUUCAAAUACUGACAAUGCUCGUGUAGAUGACGACCACCAAGAUAUUCCUGAAGACAUCCAAACUAUGCUUCAUAAAUUCCAAUCGUCAUCACCAUUACUUGCACUUCCCCCAUCGCGUGAGUCCGAUUAUCAAAUUCGCAUUGAUCCUCAAGCAACCCGUCCUCCUAACCGACCACUUCCCAAAUAUUCCAUUGCGGCAGCUGAAUUUUUGUCUCAGGAAGUUGCUCGAUUAUUAGACCUUGGUUUCAUUAGAAAAUUCGUUUCACAAGUUUAUGCAGUGGCACAAGUCGUUCCCAAGAAAGUUGCAGGCCAAUUUCGUAUGGUUUUGGACUAUCGAGCCAUAAAUGCCAUCACUAUUCCUAUUCCCCCACACUUACCAGCUUUUAAGAAUUUGGUUCCCGGCUUACAUAAUGCUAAAAUCUUUUCAACACUUGAUAUGAAGCAAGGAUACUAUCAGCUAAAAAUACAUGAGAGUACGCAGCCACAUACUGCAUUUCGAGUACCUGGGGGGACAUAUUGUUUCCAAGUUCUCCCUUUCGGGUUAACUGAUGCCCCACAGGUCUUUGGUUCCUAUGUUGCUGAUUUGUUACAAGAGUUUGCUGUUUUUACACGUGUUUAUUUAGAUGACAUUUUGGUUUUCCUGUCGUCACUCAAAGAACAUUAUCAACACCUUUUUCAAGUCAUCUCCAAGUUACAUGCACAUUCACACGUUUUAAAUUGGGAUAAAUGUGUAUUUGGUCAACCACUGGUGACUUGGAUCGGACAUACUAUUUCCGCCAAUGGCAUUGCGCCAACUGACACUUCUAUUGGUCAAAUCAAACUGAUAGGAAUCCCAACCACUAAAGACGAUGUCAGAGCGUUUAUGGGCCAUUUAGCUUAUUUACAAGAGUUAUUCCCAAUUUCAAUGCUCGCGCUACACCAUUAA